AUGCGGAUGUCUCUGGUCUCUGCCUGCCUCGCCCUGGGCCUGGCCCUCACCUUUGGUGAGGGGUCUGUCUCCUACCAGCGCCAGACUCCGGCGGCCAGCCUGGCCACAGACUUUGGAGUGAAGGUGUUUCAGCAGGUGGUGCAGGCCUCCAAGGACCGCAACGUGGUUUUCUCACCCUAUGGGGUGGCCUCAGUCCUGGCCAUGCUGCAGCUGACCACAGGAGGAGAAACCCGACGGCAGAUCGAAGAGGCAAUGCAAUUCAAGAUUGAAGAGAAGGGCAUGGCCCCUGCCCUCCACCGACUGUACAAGGAGCUCAUGGGGCCAUGGAACAAGGAUGAGAUCAGCACGGCCGAUGCCAUCUUCGUGCAGCGGGACCUAGAAUUGGUCCAUGGUUUCAUGCCCAACUUCUUCAGGCUGUUCCGUACCACGGUCAAGCAGGUUGACUUCUCUGAAGUGGAGAGAGCCAGGUUCAUCAUCAAUGACUGGGUGAAAAGACACACGAAAGGCAUGAUCAGCGACUUACUUGGUGAAGGGGCUGUGGACCAGCUGACACGCCUGGUCCUGGUGAACGCCCUCUACUUCAACGGCCAGUGGAAGAUGCCCUUCCCAGAGUCGAACACCCACCACCGCCUCUUCCACAAGUCUGACGGCAGCACCGUCUCUGUGCCCAUGAUGGCUCAGACCAACAAGUUCAACUACACUGAGUUUACCACCCCCGACGGCCGUUACUACGACAUCCUGGAAUUGCCCUACCACGGGAACACUCUCAGCAUGUUCAUUGCUGCCCCUUAUGAAAAAGAGGUGCCGCUCUCUGCCCUCACCAGCAUUCUGGAUGCUGAGCUCAUCAGCCAGUGGAAAGGGAAUAUGACCAGACUGACCCGCCUCCUGGUUCUGCCCAAGUUCUCCCUGGAGACUGAAAUUGACCUCAGGAGGCCGCUGGAGAACUUGGGAAUGACCGACAUGUUUAGGCCAAGCCAGGCGGACUUCUCCAGUCUUUCAGAUCAAGAGUUUCUGUACGUGUCGCAGGCGCUGCAGAAAGUAAAGAUCGAGGUGAAUGAGAGCGGCACGUUGGCGUCCUCCUCCACAGCCCUUAUAGUCUCAGCCCGAAUGGCCCCCGAGGAGAUCAUUAUGGACAGACCCUUCCUCUUCGUGGUGCGGCACAACCCCACAGGAACCGUCCUGUUCAUGGGCCAAGUGAUGGAACCCUGA